AUGCUCGGCAGAACCUGGUUCACGCCAGACAUCUCCUUCCCGAAAGGCGGCACCCCGAAAACAACCCACUACAAAAAGGACCUCGCCGCCCGGCGGCCCGACGACCCCAGCCCCCGGCUCUGCGAGCGGUGCCAGGACUGGGACGUCCCCGAGUUCGCCGCGGGCCAAGGGUCAAAGGCGCACCGCAACCUGCCACUCGGCACGAUCAUCCGAAGCGCGGCGGAAUGCCUGGUGUGCGAGGCCGUUGCCGAGGCCGUCGAGGCUCGCCGCCGGGAGUGCGAGUGGUUGAGGGACGCCUCCGCGGGGAGCGUGUUCGUCGUCGUGCAGGGGCCGUUUUUCUUGGACGCGGGGCUCGCGGGUGAUCAGGAGGGACGGCUGCAUCGGACCGUGGGCGAGGCGGAGGUCAGGUUGUUUUUGGAGUUGACGAUUAGUGUCGUCUCCAGGGGAGACGAGAAGACUGGGGAAGUGGUGCCUUCGCCGUUUUUCGUGACGCCCCAGUUUCGAAUGAGGUAUUCUGGGAAAGACACGUUGCGACUGCAGGUCGUCGAGGAGUGGGAGGUUGAUAGAUUUGAGGUCAGCACGUUGAAAAGCUGGAUUGAGGAUUGUGAGAGACGACAUUGCUACGGCAAACGCGGCGCGAGGCCGUGUCUUCCGGAUCACAACUCGAUAUCUGAGCUGCCGAAAGGAUUUCGGGUCAUAGACGUAAAGUCCAUGAGAAUCGUCCAACCCGACAAGGCAGUGCGUUUCGUCGCGUUGAGCUACAUGUGGGAAGCUACCGAAGGCACGGGACACACGCAGCUCGUGAGUUCGAACACGGAGGACCUCGGGGUCGAGGGCAGCCUCAACGCGAUCAAACUCCCCCAAAUCAUCACGGACACGAUAUCGCUAUGCAGGGACCUCGGGAAGGACUAUCUCUGGGUGGACCGGCUGUGCAUUAUACAAGACGACGAGCGGUCCAAACCGGAGCAGAUAGACGGCAUGGACCGCAUCUAUCAAUCUGCUACGUUCGCCAUUAUGGCGGCGUUGGAUGAUCGCAAUGGAAAGGGCUUGCCGGGCUAUCGGGAGCACCGCAGGCGGCCAAGGGCUUCGCUCUGGGGUCCGCCGAGGAAUCGCAACAGUCGGCGGGGAAUUGAUCCCAAUGGCGUCCAGGACAUCGUCGACCCUUCGUUGUGGAACCGGAGGGGAUGGACGUUCCAGGAGAGGCUGUUCACGAAACGGAGGUUCUUCAUCACCGAGUAUCAAGUCCUGUUCGAAUGUUGCCGCGGUCAAGCUGCGGAGGAACUCACAUGGAGCCUCUGCCCGGUCAAAGAGCCACCGGCCGUCAUAGACAAUGAGGAUGAUGACAAGGGAGACACAGAGAAGAACGAGGAAGAAGACGACGACGACAACGAUGCACAACCCCCGCAUCUCCAAGAAUUCAUGAUCGACAGUGUCGAAACCGAACAAAAAGUCCACCGUCCCGGAACAGGCUUCUACCGGAAGCCGUCAUACUACAAGCCCAGCACGAUCAAACUCCAAGACCGCGUCACGCUGGCCGACUAUUGCCACUGGGUGGAGGACUACACCUCUCGCCAGCUCUCGCACCCGGCCGACAUCCUGAACGCCUUCGCGGGUGUAGCCAACGCCGUCAGGAAGGCCAUGAAGACCGAUACUAUGUUUGGACUCCCGGCGGCGUGUCUGCCGCAGGCCCUCAUGUGGAGUCACGUAGGCGCGUCCGCCCGCCGCGACGAGGCGCGAUGGAUCCCGAGCUGGAGCUGGGCCGGAUGGGAGGGCACCGCGGGAUACCGCUGGAUACACGGGGAGGCGAGGCUGGUUGAGAGCAAGCUCGUCCGCGUCGCGACGCUCGUGUCGUUUCACUACCACGAUCCCGCGGUCACGGGGCGCCUGAGAGCGGUAGGCGUGAGGGAGCGCUGGCUGGGCCUGGAGAUGCGAAAGCUGAAUAUCCACGGGCCCGAUAAGCUGCCGAGGCUGCAGCGGCGGAUGAGCGGUGGCAAGAUUAAUAUCCUAGAGGAGACGGACCGGCUGUACGAGGAGAUGUGGCAGAUGUGUCCGCAUAGUCCGUGGGAAUCGCUUGCGCGCGGGGAGCUUGAUGAGAGGGCCGUAAAGGUUGCGAAGGAUUUUCCUGGCUGCCUGGUCUUCAAUACCACAGUAGCGUCUUUGAGAAUCGGACGCGACCGGAGGUAUUCGCAGACUCGAGAGCGACGCGCGUUUGAGGACGCCGAGAUCUUGGACGUCAUGGGCAGACGCGUCGGGUAUCUGGAUAAGAUGGACAUUCACUGGAUUGCCGGGCGGAAGGGUCGAGGGGGCAGGCGGAGGCCGCUCGACUUCAUCGUCAUCAGUGCUUCGAUGGAAGAGAUUUCCAGCGAGAAGAAUGAGUGGGCAUUCGUCGAGGGGCAAUUUCACGAGUUGUGGCGGUUCAACGUUAUGCUGGUUGAGAGGCUGCCGUAUGAGCCGUUCGUGGCGAGGCGCGUCGGGGUUGGGUUUGUGAGGGUCAGUCAGUGGAAGGAGUGUAAUCCUCGGUGGGAGACGGUGGUUUUAUGUUAG